AUGUCAGCCUGCCUAUUAGAAACACAGAUAAACCCUGUUGUCGCUACUAUCAAAGCGAGGGGAAAUGCGAACUCACCUGCCGAUGGCGGACCAUACGAUGACAAAGAACCAUAUCCCGAAAAGCUACCCGAAAAGAUUGGCUUCUGGAGUCUAAGGUUACCAGUCAAACAGCAACAAGAUAUACGUGCAACACCUUAUUCCGGAUACGCGGAAGCUCGCACUUUACUACCGGAUCAGACCAAAACCAGCUGGGAACAUAUCUUGGAAAUUGGGGUUGACAAACUCAACACAGUUUUUAAGGAGGUCGAGGAUCCGACCGCUGUAACCUCCAGGAGUGCAGUUGCUGGCAUUGUGCUUUCGCCUGAUCUUCAGGUCUGGCGUGAAGAGCAACAUAGGGCGGGUCGGAUCCUUCCUUCUAAAGGAUAUGGAUUGACGCGAACCUCAAAUACAGUAAUUGAAGCUCUCGGUAUUGGGGACUUGCCACCACCACUCCUUACGAAUGCUGCUCUAUUCGGGUCAGGGAUUGCGAAUUUCCUUAUUGGCGCAAUUGAUUCCAAGGUGUUACUGUCGAAUUACUGCGUUGACAUGGGAUUCUUUUAUGAGCAUGGCUACGAUAAAGUCUUUCCAGAGUAUGAGCCUAUUAUUAGAUGGGCAGCAACAGAUCGUUACGCCAUGGCAACCGCUGGCGGUACGGAGCGCAGAGUUGCAGCGGAGAUGGGACUCGAAUACAUACGGAAAAAGAUCUCGUUAGAAGAUGGCUCUGUAAGAAACCUGUCCAACAAGACGGCCAAAAUGACGAGGAAAGAAGCAAUAGCAGUCAAUGUCUGCGAGUGCAGUCUUCUUGGAAUGGCUGCCGACAUGAUAGCACAGGGCCACGAUAAAGGAACUAUUAUUAAUGAUUUUGCAUUUGGGUCGCCCGGUACUGAUGUGAUUGACGUUGGGUCCGAUAUUCACAACUCUGAACUGUUCAACAGCUUUCUUAAUACAGGAGAUGUUACGAGCAGCGGGGUUGUCACAGAGGAAUCUCUGAGGCGGGUAUACGACGCUUACGCGCAUAGUUGUGCCCGCAUGUUUACAGAGCGGUGGUCGGAUCCAGGAGCAAAGAUGUGUUCUAUGCUAUUUACAUGGCACAUCCAAAACAACCGGCACGAGUUUCUUCGGCGGGCUGUCCUUGGUUACCCUAAAGUGCGUAGCGAACAUACCCUUGGUCAGAGGGAAGCCGACAUUGACGAAGUUUUCGACGAAGAACUACAUACAACAGGGUUCAGUCGACCUCUUGUCAAUGCCUGCAAUGGUGAUGUAAUUUGUGAUCAUGUCCAUGAACAGUUCCAGAAGUCUGGCGGAAACCCGUUACUGAAAGAGCUGUGGUUCUAUCUCAGCGAAGGACCAUUGCAGUACGCUUCUUCAGGGGUCGUGGAUGCCAUUAAGGAGGGCCAACUUGCGGAGGGUUCAAGAAUUUCAAUGGCGAGAGCAUACGCAGGCGGAAUGGUGGACGACCUGGUUUGGUUUCUAGCCCAUGCGAGUCAGCACGCAUGGCAAGUCAAUUAUCUUUUCGAGGCUGCCAUGUUUGGAAGUCUCCUUGAUGACGGUGGUUUGGAAGGGAAGCUAGAUAGAUUCACGUAG